AUGCUACAAGAAGAUUCAAGUGAUGAAAAAUUACCGAUGACGGGAAGAUUGACACCGAUCGGUGGUGCCUCAUCGGAUACUGAAUAUGGAAAAAGUGCUAAUGAAGAAUUCAAUGAAAAAGUAGCUUUACUUGAAGAACAUGAACGAUUAAAUGCAUCACUUUCAGCAUUAACUCGUCAUUUUGCACAUGUACAAUUACGUCUUCAACAAGUUGUUUCAGCACCGACAACUGAAGAUCGUGAAAAUUUAUUAAUAGAAUUACAUGAAUUUGCAUCAAGUGGUAUACCUGAUGUUAUGUGUCGAUCAUCAAUGUAUACAAAUGAUCUUACAACAAAUGAAGAAUUAAUUGAAAAUGAAAAAUUACGUGAAAAAGAAUUUAUUAGUGAAUUAAAACAAAAAUUAGAUGAAUUAGAACGUUAUGCAGCUGCAUCAGGUUCAUUAGAAGGUGUACCAACAUCUGUAACAAUGGAAAAACAACGUGUACUUAUUGAUCAAUUACGUACGAAACUUGAUUUACAAUUAGAUGAUGCUUCUGUUUCGAAAUUAUCAGCGGAAGAAUUAAGAAGACUUGUUGAUCAAGCUAUUCAUCAGUUAACUAAUCCAGUAAAACUAAAAGAAAAUUUAAUAACUCAAAUGCGUACACAAAUAAAUGAUCUUGAAAAAUUUAUUGAAUUUCUUAAAGCUGAUUCUGCUAAUGCAGCAGCAGGAGGAGCUGCUUCAUCUCCUUUAAUAAAUGAUAAAAAAAGUACCGAAUCAUCGAAAUUCUCACCAAAUAAAUCAAAUCGUUCUACAACAACAACAAAUCCAUUAAAAAUGCAUCAAACAACAAAUAAAUUUUCUUCUGAAAAUCAAACAAAUUUUUCUCAAACAAUGAAAAAAGUUCUUAUACUUACACAAUUAUAUACAUUUUUAUUAUUAACAUGUGGUACAAGAUCAACGCAAAAAAAAUCUAAUCAACCAACACCAAAUAUAAAAAAAGAUAUUGUUGCUAAAAAACAUUUUGGUGAUAUUCGAGCAAAACUUGAAAUAGCUAUUGAAAAAGUUCUUAAUGUCAUACGAUUAACAAAUACAUAUUCACGACAUAAUAAUAAUGAUGAUGAUAAUUCAUCAAUUGCAACAAGUGAUAAUGAAGAAGAUGAUUAUGAUCAAAAUGCAAUUGUUUUAGCUGUUAGACAAGAUCUUGCACCAGCUCUACGUGCAUUACUUGAACAUGGUCUUUAUGAAACAAAUUAUUCAACAACUUUAGCUGUUUGGGGUUGUUUUUCUACAAGAGCUAAUUAUUCAGCUGCAAAUGAUACAAUGCAUGCUUGGAAAUUAUUUUUAAAAUAUUAUGAUAUGAAACAUGGAAAUGAAUUUGCCAAUAGUCCAGCUCGUAAACUUUCCGAAUCAUUUUCAUUGGAUGUCGUUGGUGGUAAACCAAUUACAUUAAAACAAUGUCUUCUAAGUGGUAUUGAUAAUAUUGUUAAAUUACAUGAAAAACAUAAUAAAUCUAUGGAUAGUUGUUUUAAAUCAUUUGUAUGUUAUGCAUUAAAUGAAAAAAAACUUGUUUCUUUUUUACGUAUUAUUCUGAAGACAAUACCAUUGGUAGAAAAUUAUUAUCAAUCUUGGAGUUAUACAAAAACAACAGGUUUUCAUGAUGCACUUCAUUCACUUGAUCGUUUAACUUCAAUUGAGUUUCAUUUACCAAUAAAUGUAUCUGUUCGUCGUUUUAUGAAUAAUCGAGAUCUGAUUGAAUAA